GGGCCAUGGAGACGGUGGUGAUCGGCAUGGUGGCCGUGCUGUUCGUGGUCACCGUGGCCAUCACCUGCAUCCUCUGCUGCUUCAGCUGCGACGCGAAGGCCCCGGACCCCCAGGCUGGGCCCGGCCGCAGCUUCACGGUGGCCACAUUUCGCCAGGAGGAUUCUCUCUUCACGGGACCGGGCCGCCACGGCCAGGCAGUGGCGGGCGCCCGGGACUUCUGGACCUUCAUGUGAGGCCCGGCAGCCCCCAGAAUGUGCCCAGCUGCUGUGUCAGACUCAGCGCCCAGCCAGCCUUCCCGAUGUCCCACUCCCCCAAGGCUGGCAUUCCUGCCCUCCCCUGCCCGAGCCCAGCAGUCUCCCUGGUGCAUCCCAUCCCAGGCUGCUAUGCCCUCCGGCCCCGGAGAUCCACCCUGAUGGGACCAGGUGGCGUCCGCCCUGACCCCCAGGAGCUCCACUGGACUCCGCCCACGGGGGCCAGCUCUUCUGAUCCGCAGGGGAACUGGAGUUUACCGGCAGCAGACCCCGUUCACUCAGGUUUGUGCCAGGAUGCCUACAAGCCGGCUCUAUUGCCACCAGAGGAAGCUGCGCCCUCCAGUGGACGCUUUUUACAAGACACGUCUUGCCUGCUCCCCUCGCUGGGCCGUUUGCCACUUGCAUGUGCGGACCUCACAGAGCGCCAGCCCGAGGCCAGCCCCUGCCAGUCGCCUGAAAUCAGCCCUGACGCGCUGAAACCAGCGGGCAGCAAGUGAUCUGUUUUAUGAUGGAGGAGGUAUAUCCUUUUAUGGGUCUCCCAAGAGUCGGGGCUGGAAAACCACCAAAGGAAGCAGAAGAGAAAACCAGAGUCACAGAAAGUGUGAGAGGUUUCCGAGCAGGAGAGCCAGAAAGAAGACUUCAAAACAGACUUUCUUACUCUUUUCUCACGGGUCCCUUCUAUCCGUAGAGAAUGCGAGGGAUUUGAGCCCGGAAUGACAGAGAAUCAGGAACUCAAAGACAAGGCCAGUGCCAGAUAAGU